AAACGGAAAGUUUUCGACACAGUGGUGGUGUGGUAUUUUAGCUUGGUUGCAUCUUACCGAACAAAUUUCUUUCGCUUGAAGCAUUUUUUCCCCAAAAAAUUCGAUUUAAAGAUAAAAGUUUUCUUUAUUUUUGAUUAUUUUUUCGUUUUUGGGAUAGUUUGAUUUCCAUAAAACAGCGGUGGCUGAACAUAAUCAAGCGUGAUACAACCGAAAAGAAAUCUCACAAAAAAAUCGUAAAAUCAUUUUCUAGUUUUGUGUUCAUACAUACAUUCAUUCUCGUUUUUUUGGACGACAAGACUGAGAGAGCGAGCGAGCAAAAGAGAGUCGUUUUGCGCUUAAAGCGAAGCAACGCAGCAAAUAUAAAAAAAGAUAUUUUUUUUUUUACUUCUGUGUAAGAAAGAGAAAUAGCGACACAUUUCAUACGCAUACACACAAAACAACAUACGCGAAAAAAGGAAAAUAAUACGAAUUAAAAAAACAGUCAAAGUUCGGAAUUAUUUUUUUUACUUUACAUCAAAUAUAGUGGAUAUAUUUUGAAAAAUGUCUUCAAGUGCAUGCUACAAGUGCAACCGUCCUGGGCAUUUUGCUCGUGAUUGUCAAGAUGGUGGUAGUGGAGGUGGCGGCGGCGGCGGUCGAAACUAUUCGAGCAAAAGCUAUAGCCGAGAUGGUGGCGGCCGUGGACGCGAUUUUGGACGCAACCGUGAAAAGUGUUACAAAUGUAAUCAAAUGGGUCACUUUGCGCGGGAAUGCAAAGAAGACGCUGAUCGAUGCUACAGAUGCAAUGGCACCGGUCAUAUUGCCCGUGAUUGUAGCCAAUCACCAGACGAUCCAUGCUGCUACAAUUGCAACAAAACUGGUCAUAUAGCUCGUAACUGUCCAGACCAAGAUCGACAACGUGAACGCGAUCGCGAAGAGCGCGGAUCAAGCGGCAUGAUGUGCUACAUUUGUAACAAGAGCGGUCACAUCAAACGUAACUGUCCAGAUGUUCAAAAAUCAUGCUACACCUGUGGUAAAUCGGGUCAUUUGAGCCGCGAUUGCAACCAAAACGGUGGCCGAAACUAAACCACACACACGCAGGAAACACACACAGUUGAACGCCAACUUUCUCAACAACAAUAAAAACAAAAAAAAACAACAGCAGCAUCAACA